AUGGCUACGAAUGGAGAUUUCUCCGACGAGAGCCAGCCCGGUUCUCCCAUUCUCGACGGCAACAAUGGCCAAGAUUUCGCCGACCAGGAGCCUCUCGACAAGCCCAAGUCCGCCAUGAAGAAGGCUGCUCCCAUUCCCCAGAAGCCGCGCCCUGAGCUCCCCGAGCAGCCCGAACCCAGCGCCCUGGACCUCUCAAAAUUGACACCUCUGAGCCCCGAAAUUAUCGCCCGCCAAGCCACAAUCAACGUUGGAACCAUCGGUCACGUCGCUCACGGAAAGAGUACAGUCGUCAAGGCUCUGUCGACUGUGCAGACCGUUCGUUUCAAGAACGAAUUGGAGCGCAACAUUACCAUCAAGCUUGGUUACGCCAACGCCAAGGUCUACAAGUGUGACAACCCUGCCUGCCCUCGGCCGACCUGCUACAGGAGUUAUGGUAGUGAGAAGGAGAUUGACCCACCUUGUGAGCGUGAGGGCUGUGAGGGCCGCUACCGCCUGAAGGCUCACAUCAGUUUCGUCGAUUGCCCUGGUCACGAUAUUCUCAUGUCUACUAUGUUGUCUGGAGCUGCUGUCAUGGAUGCCUGUUUGUUGCUUAUUGCUGGUAACGAAACUUGCCCGCAACCGCAAACCUCAGAGCACUUGGCUGCUAUUGAGAUCAUGAAGCUGAAGCACAUGGUCAUUCUGCAGAACAAGGUCGAUCUGAUGCGCGAGGAGGCCGCUCUCCAGCACUAUCAGUCUAUCCUGAAGUUUAUCCGUGGUACCGUGGCCGACGGAUCGCCUAUUAUUCCUAUCUCAGCCCAGCUGAAGUACAACGUGGAUGCUGUUUGCGAGGCCUUGAUUUCUCGCAUUCCUGUUCCUAUUCGUGACUUUACUGCUCAGCCCCACAUGAUGGUUAUUCGUUCCUUCGAUGUUAACAAGCCCGGUGCCGAGAUCGACGAGCUGAAGGGUGGUGUUGCUGGUGGUUCCAUCUUGACUGGUGUUAUCAAGCUCGGAGAUGAGAUUGAGAUUCGCCCUGGUCUCGUGACCAAGGACGAGGAUGGCAAAGUCCAGUGUCGUCCCAUCUUUUCCCGUAUCGAGACUCUCUUUGCCGAGCAAAACCCCCUCAAGCUCGCUGUUCCCGGUGGUCUUAUUGGUGUUGGAACUCUCAUUGAUCCUACCCUCUGCCGUGCUGAUCGUCUCGUUGGUUUCGUUCUGGGUCACCGUGGCCAACUUCCUUCCAUUUACACCGAGAUUGAGGUCAACUACUUCUUGCUUCGUCGCCUCCUGGGUGUCAAGUCUGCCGAUGGAAAGCAGGCUAAGGUCGCCAAGCUGGCUAAGAACGAGGUCCUGAUGGUGAACAUUGGAAGUUCCGCAGCGGGAGCCCGAGUAUUGGGUGUCAAGGCUGAUGCUGCUAAGCUGGCCCUGACCAGCCCUGCAUGCACAGAGAUCGGCGAGAAGAUUGCCAUCAGCCGAAGAAUCGACAAGCACUGGCGACUUAUCGGUUGGGCCUCCAUUUUGGCCGGAAAUGUCUUGGAGCCCGUCCAGCAGUAA